CCUUUGGGUAGCUGAUUACAAAAUCACGUUAAAUGAGUUUAAAAUCUAGGAAAACUUCAAGCAUUUCCUUACAUGCAUUGACAAGGGUCAGUUCAGAGUAUUUCUGUUUUUGAGUGCAUUCAAGCAUCCAACUAUUGUGCGAGAGGAAGGCACUCAAUGAUGCCUUCAGGCACCAAGAAGUCAAAACCUCAAAGUGCCAGACCUGCAACAAAGAGCAAAGGAAAGCGCUCCUCCAAGAAGAGGUCUGUCAGUGCCAAAUCCACAAAGACAAGUGUGGAUAUUCUGAGUCCAGCAGCCAUGGAGAACAUCUACUACAUCUCCCAUAAUGCAGUGGACUGCUUGGAGUUCAGAGGAUUUGGCUGGCCUGGGGCCACCAAGAAGAAAGAAAAAAAGGGCAAAAAACUAAAAAGCAAAAAAUGACAUGUAGAUUUGUGCCAAUUAAACCUUACUUAUAUAUGUAUGCAUUACUGUUCAAAAGUUUUAGAUUAGUAAUUAAGUUAAUUACUAAAGUAAAUUAUUUU